UUUUGUUGUCAGAGAGACCUCAUAGCACGGAGAAGGGAGAGGCCAAAUGCUUGUAGGCGGUGCCGGCAAAGUCAUUGACAGUGUUCAUAAUAUUGGGUUCCGAUAAGACAGUUGCCGUAAUGUCGACGGCACUGUUAGCUGUUGUGGCUGUAAUUCUCUGUAUAUUAUUUAGGAUACUAAAUGUUAAUAGUCAACCACAAAAACCUUUUUUGUACUGCAAAGAUCUCAGCUUUUUGGACACCAUUUUAAAGAUUGCACCUCUUCUUCAAGAGCCAUACAUUCCAACUAGACUUUGGGGUUUUAGUGGGCAUGUGCAAACUAUCAUACACAGCAUUAUUGGGCGAGUGCGUUGUCCAUGGCCAAUUGGGGAACGGUGUUAUGUGUCACUGUGUGAUGGAACUACAUUAACAUAUGAUGUUUAUCAACCUCUUGACCAGUCUCAUGAAGAUGACUUCACAUUGGCCAUCUGCCCAGGAAUUGGUAACACCUCAGAAAGUGUGUACAUCCGAACGUUUGUGCAUUAUGCACAAUGCCAUGGUUACCGCUGUGCGGUAUUAAAUCAUGUUGGAGCCCUUGGUAGCGUUAAGGUUACAGCACCCAGGAUAUUCACAUAUGGUCACACGAGUGAUUUUAAUGAGAUGCUGUCUCAUAUCUUUGAGAAGCACCCAAAUACCCGUAUUGUGUGCAUUGGAUUUAGUCUUGGAGGUAAUCUAGUAACAAAAUACAUGGGUGAAACAGACCGGUGCAGAUCACCAAAUAUCAUUGGUGGCAUAUCAAUAUGUCAAGGCUAUUGUGCCAUUGAGGGUACAAAGUGGCUACUUAAUUGGCAGAACUUUAGAAGAUUCUACCUGUAUGUGAUGACAGAAAGUAUGAAAUCAAUCAUCCUUAAACAUCGUCAUGUCUUGCUUCAUGAUGAUGUGAAGCGGCGUUGCAACCUGAUUGAAAGAGAAAUUAUAGCAGCAGCCACCCUCCCUGAACUAGAUGAUGCCUACACUAGGAAAGUCCAUAACUUCAAAUCUGUAACUGAAUUAUAUCAGUGGAGUAGCUGUGUCAACUAUUUACAAGACAUUGCUAUACCUAUGAUCUUCAUCAAUGCUCGUGAUGAUCCCAUAGUUCCCGAAGCUUUGCUGCAGCCAAUCAGACAAUUUGCUUUGGAACACGGAAAUACUUUGUAUUUGGAGCUUGCACAUGGAGGACAUCUAGGUUUCUAUGAAGGAGGUCUAGUAUAUCCCAAUCCAGUUACUUGGCUGGAUCGGGCUCUGGUGGCUCUAGUUGGAUCCCUAGCAUUGGUAAAUGCAGACACAACACUCAAGUCCAGUGCAGGGAUGUUGCAAUAGCAAGGUUAGCAAACAGGCCUCUUCUGUGCCACUGAAAAGGGAGAAGAUGAUGGAUGGUUGUUUCUAGAGCAUGCAGCAACAGUGUGGAGACCCAGUGUCGUGUUUAUGGUUUGUAGAGUAUGAAGUAGUCUUGUGAGGACCAAUUUAAAUAAUAUUGGCAGGAGAGCUUGGUUCACUAUAAUAAGUAUUAAAUUGCAUUUGUAUUUAUUGUUUUUCAUAAAUGAAAGAUAAGUUAUCAUUCCACGAGUGAAGAUAUUUGUUGUGAAAUGAAAACUGCUUUUGAUUUGUUUUAUAACUAUUUUUUUUAGGAUAAAAGUGUAUAUACACAAGAAAUAAAGUGACAUCUUUGGAUGUUCUAUGUAGCAAAAUAUCAUGACUGUUUUUCAACAAUGAACUUCAGCAUAAAGGUUGUGUGCUUGCUUGUUAACUGUGAAUUAUUAGAAGGGUAUAUUUUCAUAAUAUUAAAUAAUUUUGAGGCAACUAA